AUGACUGUGACACCGUUACUGCUGCUACUGUUGGUCGCUUUGGCAUACGGUCAACCUUCUCGCUGUCAUCUUUGUAUUCCACAUUCUACAAAUAUUCACUGGAUUCCGCCAUCAAAACCUCCUUGUUUGCAUCCUGGACAGCCGAUUUUCGAAUGGCCUGGCGGUAGUGGUUGUAGCCGAGACCUUGCCAUACAUUCUGAACAAAUUUCCGUGGAUGAGGCGGGUUUGGUGUUUGCCAAACAACGCCUAUGUUUCUACUUCACGAUCGAGCUCAUCGAGUAUUCCUACGGUUGUAUGGGUGCUAUUUUCACGCGAAGGUUCAAGAUUGGUCAUCCGACUUUCUCAAAGCAGCGACGAUUUAAAAGAUGGUUGAGAAGAAGAAAUCCUGAUCCUAGCGCGAUUCAUUUUCAGCAAGAGAGCUACGUAAAAGAGCUUCUCGAAUCGGCCACUCCUGGAACGCUUGUGGUCACAGUAAAAGCUACACAUGCAACCGAACAACCAUUAUACUACUCGCUCGCAGCCCCACAAGAUUCGAGAUCACAAAAUAUCUUCACGUUGGAUACGAUUUCUGGUGAAAUCCGUCUUGCAAAAUCGUUGGAUCGUGAAAUUCUGGAUAAACACGUCUUAAAAGUGACAGCAUAUGAGAGACUCGAUCCCACAGUCUCGUCUAGUGUUACUGUUACUGUGGAUGUUCUAGACGUUCAGGAUAACAGCCCAAUUUUUGAACGAGACUCGUAUUUUGCUGAUAUUCGAGAGGAUGCACCGAUCGGCACCACAGUCCUCUCCGUGUUCGCAAGAGAUUUGGAUUCCGGUGAAAAUGGGGAAAUCAUCUACUCGCUCGGCGAAGGUGACGGACACGACUACCUUUCCAUAAAUUCCAGAUCUGGAGUGAUUCAGACAGCUGCUCCACUCGACAGAGAAACACUUCCUUUGAUUAGACUUGAUGUUAUUGCUACCGACAAGGGAGAACCUCCAAGGCAAAGCAGUGCGCUGGUGGAGAUUGGUAUCACGGAUGUAAACGAUAAUGCGCCAAUUUUCGAAAAGGAAAUCUACAAUAUUAGCGUGAUGGAAAAUGCCACUUUACCUGCUGUAAUUGCUCAAAUAAAAGCAACGGAUAAGGACAGUGGUGUAAACGGAAAAGUUCACUACAGUAUCGCUGCGACUUCUUCUGUCCCUCUUACCAUCGACUAUACUACUGGUGAAGUUGUAUUACGUGAACGUGUUGAUGCUAAGAGUUCACCGAUCGCCGUUCUGGCUCGAGCUAAAGAUGGAGCGCAGCCGGCGCUCAGCUCAACUGUCACACUCAUGCUCUAUGUUAUCGAUAUCAACGACCAUGCUCCCACAUUUAUUGCGUCUCAGAAGAAAAUCUUUCUGGACGAGAACGUUGCUGUUGGAGACGAAGUUGGUCGAGUCUAUGCUAUUGACGAUGAUUCCGGAGAAAAUGGAGUGGUUAGAUACGCUCUUAACGGUUCCCUCGACUUCUUCAUUGAUGCGGAAUCGGGUAUCAUUCGAACAGCUUCCUCACUCGAUAGGGAAAGAGCGGCACAGUAUGAACUUCAGGUGACCGCCACCGACCAAGGUGAUCCAUCGUUGAGUUCAUCAACUGAUAUAACUAUUUUCGUGAAGGAUGUAAACGACAACGCUCCAGAAUUCCCUCAAAAAGAAUACAAUAUAAGUUUGUCGGAAGAAACUCCUCGAGGAAGCAGCGUUAUAGUUCUUAAAGCAGAAGACAAGGAUGCUGAACAAAAAAUUGUCUAUCGAAUCGAGCACAUGGAUCGCGAUGUAGUUGCUCUCAUAGACCUUGGCGAACAGGGAGCUUUGCUUACUUUAUCCGGUCAAUUGCACAGCUCUGAUCACCUCAUCAAGCUACAGAUCUCAGCCACCGAUCAGGGUGGUCUGCAAGGACGUUGUCAAGUGAACCUUAUCGUUGAGGAUGUGAACUCCGCACCUUAUUUCAAAGAUCAGCCUUUUACUGUGCGGGUUCCAGAAGAUUCACCCAUUGGUUUUCACGUCGUUACUCUUAAGGCAGAGGACACAGAUCAAGGGAACAACGCUCAUUUGACCUAUUUGAUCGACUCGAGGGAGUUCACCAUUGACAAUGUCACUGGGUUGAUUGUCUUGAAGAAGCUUCUGGAUCGUGAAGAACAGUCAAGUUAUCUUAUAACUGUGACAGUUAGCGAUGGUGCCGUGCCUCCACUAAAUACGACUACUCAGCUGGAGAUCAUCGUGGAUGACGUUAAUGACAACGCUCCCAAGUUCUCCACUCAGAAUUACUCUGCUUCAAUCCCUGAGGACAUUCCAGUGGGCACAUCGUUUAUGCAGGUAUCCGCUAUUGAUUUGGAUAUUGGAAAUAAUGGAAUCGUUGACUACUUCCUGAAUGAUUCGAACGCAUCUGCGGUCUAUGACCUUUUUCGUUUGGAUCGAACAUCCGGUACCCUUAGGGUUAACUCAAAAUUGGACCGUGAACAGUAUCCAGUUAUCGAACUGAGGAUUUUCGCUAGGGACAGAGGUAAACCUCCUCUUACCUCAUCGUCAUUAAUUACUGUUACUCUCACUGAUGUGAACGACAAUGCUCCGAAGUUUGAUCAAGCGUUCUACGAUCUUUACAUUGCCGAAAACUCUCCUGUUGGAAGCACAGUUGGAACCAUAAUGGCUACGGAUCCAGAUGAAGGUGACAACGCCAAAAUCCAAUUCAGGAUUUUCGGUGGACCAGAUGCAAAGCUUUUCGACUUAGAAGUUGACGAGAAUCAACCAGGAGUAGUUAGAAUAUUAACACGAGCCGAGUUCGACUAUGAGGCAAAGAACAACAAGUUCUAUUUGGAAGUUCAAGCUACAAGUGGUCAACUUAGCUCCACAGUUGUUCUACGUGUCCAUGUUUCUGAUGUGAACGAUAACAGACCGAUACUCGCCGAUUUCAUCGUUCUGAUCAAUCGAUUUGAAUCAGAGUCGACAAUAACGCAAAUUGGGAUGGUCCCAGCUUUUGAUCCUGAUCAAAAUGCAACCUUGGAAUACUAUAUGGAAGAAAAUCAGCUGUUAACUGUUGAAAAGUUCACUGGAAAAUUAACUUUGAAGAGUCAGUGGAAAAGAAACAUCGAUGCACAAUUUAAAACAUGCGUUUCUGAUGGUCCCAAUCGAGUUUGUGCAAUUUGUCGUUUCAUCCAUGUCUACGUGAACCAGGAUUCGUUGCGGGAAGCAGCUACUCUUUUCCUUCCAAAAAUGUCCUUGGAUGAUUUCUGGGAUCCUCCUGUGUUCAACCGAUUUAGACAAUCGCUAGCAACGUUGGAUACUUGGGAAGAGCGAAAUGUGUUUGUAGUAGGAGCCCAACACGUUGCAGAAGGAGUUGAAGUUAACUUGGUUGUGAUAGACCGUGGUAGAGUGAUAAAGUCAUGGAAAGUGGAAGAUCUUCUAAGAUCCGAAGUGAAGAAGUUAGAACGAUUGUCGCUAAUGAAAGUGGAUAUCGUUCGAGAUGAGAGCUGCGCUAAAGAACCUUGCCCGUACUAUCAAAAGUGCCGUCAAACCCUCAAACACGUUGAUGCCGUUGACGUCUAUCAAACGGACAGCUUCAUAGCACGAACCAUGAAAACAUUGAAGACAUUCGUAUGUGAAUGCCCGUCUGGAUUUACAAGUUCGAUCGAUUUGCCCGGUCAAUGCGAUUUACGCAUGGAUCAGUGCUACAGUAAUCCGUGUCGUAACAAUGCCACCUGUCAUCCACUCGAAAAUGGAUACAGAUGCGACUGUAAGCCGGGAUGGCGAGGUGAACAGUGCGAAAUCGCAUUCAAUUCACUCACAUGCAUCCCUGGAUACUGUAAAGGAGGAUCUGUUUGUGAACUUUUUGGCGCGGAGAUGAUGUGUAAACACUGUGGCUUCGCACCUACGGACGCAGAUGAACGGUGCAGACUUCGUUCUCUGGGAUUUGAGGGCAGAGGACUGGUGAACAUCAACAAAGCACUGACCAGAUUGGAAUGGGAACUAAGCUUCAGACUAGCUACGAUUUCUCGUGAUGCGGUGCUGUUGUUCUCCGGUGAUCGUAGCUCAGAUUUCGUGGAAAUUUCAAUUAACGAUCGCGUACUACAAGUAGAAUUCUCGUUGGGUGGUAAACCAAAAAUCUUGCGCAUGGAAAAUGAGCGAAGGAAUCGUGUGAAUGACGGAGAAUGGCAUACUGUGCGAGUGAUGUACUACGAUAGGCAUCUGACUAUUCUUUUGGACGAGUGUGACGUUUUUGUCGCUCUUCAUGCUCACGGAUCUGCCCCUUGUGCAGCUCAGGCGAGAAUUGACCUGCCAGCGAAGUGCGUCGAUCUAUCAGUGCCUUGCUACCGCUUUCUUGAUGUCUACAAUGGAAUUUUCUUGGGAGGACGGCCUACACAAUCUGGAAAGAUUGACCAAGGUUAUUCAGGCUGCAUCGCCAACUUCACGUUAAACGAAGAACUCAUCGAUUUCUCUUCGCUAAAAGAUAUGGACGUCCGUGGUACCGUACACGAAGGUUGCAAACAUCGAAAAGACUUUUGUGAGGGCGGCUCAUGCGCAGCUAAUGCAAAAUGUGCAAACCGAUGGGACGGUGCGAAUUGUCGCUGUCCUCACUCCAGUCAUCAUAAAGGGAUCUGUAGCGCAGAUCUGACUUCACCUCACAGCCGACCUCUUACCCUCACCGAUGAUGAGUCGUUUGUGAUCUAUCGUCCCGAAGAAGUGUCCGUACCAUUUACACUUUCUUUCGAGUUUCGCACCUCUCGAACCGACACCCAAAUCAUUGUUGUCGAGUUUGAGCAACGAAACAUAUUCUAUAGGGUGGAGAUAGACGAUGGCCUUCUUCGUGUAUGGCUUGCUCAAUCUUCGGUACUUGCUGAUGCUCCGGAAUUACAUCCCGGUCAGUGGACAAAAAUAGACGUGGAGUUUAGAGAAGAAGAGGUGGAAACCACUAUCGAUGGGAUUUACAAAACGACCUCCAAGCAUUCCAUGUUCGAUAUGGUUUUGGAUCAAAUUUAUAGCGGUCUAGCGCCUUCGACCGGCCACCCUUCCCGUUUCGAGGGCUGUUUCAGAGAUUUGACGUUGAACGGAGAACCACAAGCUGUGAGCGAAAAAGGAAAGGUGCGUCAUGGAUGCAUUGUUGCGAAUCGGUGCAAUCUUGAUGGAGUAUGUCCGAAAGAAAGUUCGUGUCAAAGGGAAUGGAACAGGCAUUCUUGUAAAUGCCACAGAGGUUUUGCUGGUGAUACCUGCCUUCCUGUGUGUUCUCUUCCGGGAAUAUGUGCUUCCAAUGGAUUUUGUCUUAGCACAAAUAGUACACGAGGUUAUGACUGCCAAUGUCAAACUGGAUUCGUAGGGGUGAAUUGUGAACGAGCAGCAGCUGUACAAGCGUGCCCACAAGGUUAUUGGGGGAAGUUUCCGCAUUGCAAAAAAUGUAUUUGUCCCGAAGGGUUUGAAGUGCAGUGUGAUAAGGACAAUGGAAACUGUCACUGUCCGAAAUUCCAAUUUCCAUUACGAGGCCGAUGUGUCAAUUGCGAGUGCGGUUACGGUGCUACUUCCCUUCAGUGUUCUGUGGACGGUCAGUGUAGGUGCAGCGGUCAGGCAAGUGGGAGAAGAUGCGACCGCUGCAAGCGGGACCACCAUGUUCUCGAUCCCAAAUCACUGAAAUGUCUCCCCAUUCGAGAUCACUGUCCCUCCCAAAUUGAAUAUGGAAUACAGUGGCCAACAACUGCAAAAGGGAUGAUUGCCAGACAGUCUUGUCCCACUACCCAAAGUGGGCUUGCCACAAGGGAUUGUGAUGCGAACGGGCGAUGGGAAGAGGUCAACUCAUUUAACUGUACUCGUCCAGAGUACGGUAUUAUGGUCUCCAAGUACGACGUGUUGAAUUCCGUGGAACUCUUGACUAUGCUUCGCAAUGCGACCCGCGGUACAGACACGAUUGCUGGUCGAAAUCUCGACAUAGCCCGUACAGCUCUGGACAGAAUUUUUGACACAGAGUUGCGGCUGGAUCAAUUGGAACAAAACCAUCUAAAGGACACAUGGUUCACUGAGUCAAUUGUCCUGACAGCUGGAAGAAUUGCAGCUUAUGAAUCUUCGCCAGGAUAUCUGGAUUUAGUGAAAAAGUUGGCCGAAUAUAGUAAAGCGGUGUUCAACGCGCACGAGCAGAUGCCAUUCUUAGAACCGUUCCAGUUCGCUUCCGAGCAUAUAGUCUUUUCCAUGGAUGCCCUCGAUUUCUCCAACACGUUGCCUAAGUACAACAAUUUCGUCGAUCAUCGUCCUAAAAACUUCCCAAGAGUUCGGAUACACAUCGAAAAUGCCACUCGUGCAUUCUACAGCAUCUUCGCACAUCCUCGCUGUACUCACUGUGAGACUCCGAUCGUUACUGUAUUUGCAAGGACGUUUCUACCAAUUAGAGUUGAAUUUGAGCUGAAUGAAACAACUGGAUGGAGAUAUCCGGAAUGUGUGCUUUUGCCUAGUAGCCAUUCUUCCUGGUCAACACGUCAUGCUCAUCUUGUGGCUCUAAAUCUUACUCAUGCCAUGUGCGAAUUCGAGAUUGGAGGAGUGUAUACGGUGUUUGCCAGGGAAGACUCUGAAAAUUACCUACGACUCUCACAUUCGACAACACUCGUUUCUCCGGUACUAGCUGGAAUGGCGUUACUGUUCUGUUUGCUCUCAAUUAUUCUAACACUCGCCAGGAGAGCGGCUGGCGCUCGCUUCAUUCGUCUUGGGUUCAUAGUCUGCUUCAUCCUCAACGCAACGAAUUUGUACUUCCUGAACAAAAUCUCUGUGAAUCAAACGUUCUGUCCAAUGCGAAACGCCAUACUUUCGUUCACUUCUUUGGGACCAUUCGCAUGGCUUUUCCUAUACUCUCUCCACCUCUAUCGUAUGCUGGCUGAAGCACGUGCAAGGUCAAGUGCCAUGUUGUGUCUUCUUCUUGGCGUUGUGAUUCCCGCUCUGGUAGGAUGUGUGUCAUUUCUGUUGGCGGCGGAGUGUUCCGUGGCUCCUCAAGAGUGGCUAUUCUGGGUUCUUACUGUGCCGGUUGCUUUCAUGCUGCUGUUGUCGUUCUAUGCGUCCGCUACAUCGUUCCUAGUUUCCUCGAACAAGCAGUUCGACGUCAUUGUUGUAAAAUUCCAGUUGAGACGCGCUCUCUGCCAACAUUUUAUACUGUGCUCUUUGGUCUUGCUUCAUACAGGCGUGACACUAUUCUCAUCGUUCAUCAAUGUGUCUGGCCCUCUAAAGGAACUGAUGAACAAUAUCACGCUAGUUGGAACUGCGCUGUACAUCUUAAUAUGGAGUGUUUGCCCGGCGGGAAAGGAUUCUCCCAACACAACAGCGACGAUGUGGCUAGACGGUCCACAGAAAAGCGGUGUGGCUGAGUCAACCGCUCUUCGAUGCGAAAGUCCUGUCAAAGAAGAGGAACCGAAACACGAAAAUUGGGCACCGGAGGCGAUUCCAUGCGACCCCUUCCUAACGUCGACUCCAAUCAGGGAUCAGCGGGUGGAGAGUCGAGAGCGGGAUCGGGAAAACCCAAUCGCAAAUGCCAUUCUGUCGCCGGCUGACAAGAUCCUUAGUGACGGGCUAGGCCAUGUUUAUGGAAACAUGGGCACUUUGACAAGAUUCCGAACCGAAGAGGAUGAUGCUGACGAUGCCUAUUAUACGUACACAGCAUCUCGAAGAUACAAACAGUCUACAUUCAGCAAGCCUUAA